UUUCUUUCACGGUUAUUAUGGUUACGCGUUGCUUGCUACUAAUGAAGGAUCAAUAUUCUCCAGAGGACAACUCCUGUAUUAACAGUUAUGUAUAUUGAUAAUUAUCUGUGUACUUAAAAUUGGUUUGUACCUUUUGUACAUCUUAACGAAUAUCUUACUAUAUAUAGGCCAAGAAUAUACAAGGUGAUCAACCGUGGUUUCUAAAAUGUUGUGCAAGAGAUCAUGAAACUUUUUUCUUUUCAUUUACACAUAAUAUUAUUGACAACUUGAUCUUUCUCCCAGGGACAUUCUUGAUCACUGCUUUGUCAGGGGCAAUAGCCCUUUUCCUUCUUUAUUCUUGGUUGUAAUUUCCAAAUUUCUAUACACUUGUAUCAAAUGAAGUGAAAUAUAAUUGCCAUUCUGUUUCUCCAUUGUUCAACUGGUUUCAGAAAUGGAGAAAAAGGGGGCAACGUUGAUGCACAAAUAUGAGCUUGGAAGAUUGUUAGGCCAGGGGACAUUUGCCAAGGUCUACCAUGCUCGAAACCUCGAAAAUGGGCAGAACGUUGCUGUCAAGAUCAUUGACAAAGAGAAAGUGCUCAAGGUGGGAUUGACAGACCAAAUUAAGCGAGAAAUCUCUGUCAUGAGGCUGGUGAAACACCCGAAUGUGGUUCAGCUAUUUGAGGUCAUGGCUAGCAAAAACAAGAUUUAUUUCGCCAUGGAGUACGUCAAGGGCGGGGAGCUUUUUAAUAAGAUUGCCAAAGGUAGGCUUAAAGAAGAUGCUGCACGCAGGUAUUUUCAACAAUUAAUUGCUGCGGUUGAUUUUUGUCAUAGCAGAGGCGUGUAUCACCGCGAUCUAAAACCGGAGAAUCUCCUUCUUGACGAAUAUGGUAAUCUUAAGGUCUCGGAUUUUGGAUUGAGUGCAUUGCUUGAGUCGAGAAGACAAGAUGGAAAGUUGCACACAACUUGUGGAACUCCAGCUUAUGUUGCACCUGAGGUGAUUAAUAAGAGAGGCUAUGAUGGCGAAAAGGCGGAUAUUUGGUCCUGUGGUGUCAUUCUUUUUGUUUUACUGGCUGGUUAUCUUCCUUUUACGGAUAAAAAUUUGAUGGAAAUGUAUAGAAAGAUUUGCAAAGGGGAAUUCAGGUGUCCGCAAUGGUUCCCUCCUGAAGUCCGCAAGCUUCUGUCAAGAAUUCUUGAUCCGGAUCCAGUCACACGAGUCACAUUGGAGAAACUGAUGGCGAAUCCUUGGUUUAAGAAGGGAUUUAAGCCCAUCCCAAUCCCGAAGACUAAUUGUAAUAUGCCUAGUAGUAACACACCGUGUAGUGUUCUUGAAUUCCCAAGCAUCAUCGAUUUGGAAUCACAUGAAAAUAACGAGGAAGCCUCAACAAGCUCUUCCAUGACACCGACGCCAUUAAAUGCUUUUGAACUUAUAUCCCUCUCACCAGGCUUUGAUUUAUCAGGAUUAUUCGAGGAUGAUAAGAUUGAAAAAUCACCAUCCCGGUUCACGUCACAGGAAUCUGCAUCAUCAAUAGUGUCGAAGCUGGAAAAAUUAGCAGUGACAGAAAAUUUUAAGGUUCGGAAGCAGGACGGGAAAGUGAAAUUGCAAGGGAACAGAGAAGGGAGAAAAGGGCAGCUAGCAAUCGACGCAGAAAUAUUCGAAGUAACGCCAUCGUUUCAUGUCGUUGAGGUGACAAAGAAAUCUGGUGAUACAAUGGAAUAUAUAAAAUUUUACAACCAAGAUUUGAAGCCUUCUUUAAAAGAUGUGGUAUGGAACUGGGAGGGAAGUGAUCGACAGUAGCCUUAACAACAGGAACAUGAAAGACAUCUAUAUACCACAAUGUUGUCUGAGGCACAUGUUAUAUGCACAAGUUAGUUUCAUGCUAUUUUCUUUUCUUGUUUUUAGAGUUUAAUAGCUUCUUAAGAGACUACAUCAGCAAGGCAGAAACACUAGCAGUUGUUAAGGUUCGUAUUAUUCACUAGGACGGUCUCUAACAGAGUAUAUUUAUACACACAUAUAUGCACUUGUUGGAUUUUCUCCUUGGGAGGUAGUCUUCAAUGAGAUAGUAGUGCAGAUGUAAAUUGUUGGUAGAAAAUUGAGUGAAGUUUUAAUGUUAGAUUA